GCGCGCAGUGGGUUUUCAAAUUUGAAAUUUGUUGGGGGUACAGUGCAGCGCUCCUCAGCCUACAGAAUUGCCACGUGCGCGGAAGUGAACACGGGCUUGUACUGCACUUGGACACGUGUGAGUGCAGUGGACACCGCCGCCAGUUUCCUUUCCCCGAAAGGUGUUCGUUGCGCCGUGCGGUGAGUGAAGUGCCAUAGCUCUUGUCCAUGGAGGACAUACAAUUUUCGUCUGUGGCGGCGGACGGCUCUGCACAGCGUCGGCGAAAACUGUCCGAGCGUGAGAAACGCCUGGUGGUUACAGCGUUGCUCGCCAUGUGGACACAUCUGCAGCACACAGCGGCAUUGCGGCGCGGUGCGGCAAGAAGAACAGGGAUGAGGGAGGCCAUGGUUACACACGCCAUGGCGGAUUUGAAUUCCUCCGCCGUGAUUUGGGAUGCGGCUUUCCUUAUGGCGAAUGCCAUUGUGUUGGGAUUAGUGGCGUUCGCUCUGUACAGGUGGGCGAGCGGCGAGGCGUUUGAAAGUGCAAUGUCGUCAUUCGGAAUGGGGCAGUCGAGUGGUAUCAAGGCGGUGAGGGACAUGACGAACCCUAUCUUGUCCGCGUAUCCUGACAAGAUACGGAUGCUGACCGCUCGGCGGUUGCUGCAGGUUGCACGAGUGUUUGCAGCAAAGGGAUUCCCAAAUUGUUUCGGUUGCAUGGACUACAGUCAUGUGUACGUCGACAAGCCAACAAAUGCGCCAGUGGAAAACUAUUUCGAUCGAAAGCAACAAUACUUUGUCAUUGCUCAAGUCGCCGUCGACCUCGAUAUGUUUGUGCUGGAUGUUUAUGUGGGGUAUUCGGGCAGCGUCCACGACGCCAGGGUUUUGAUCAAUUCGUUGCUCCAUAGACGUGUGGAAGUUGGCACAUUGUUCUUGGCAGAUGCGGUGGACCUGCCAUACGGGGUGCGAACGAGGGGGUACGUGCUCGCGGGCAACGACUAUGGACCCUUACCCUUGCUUGUAGUGCCUUACGGUGGUGUGGUGCAACCUCCCAACGAGGCACAUUUCGACACAUGUCACAAGUCAUCACGAAAUGUUGUCGAACGAGAAUUUGGGAGACUGAAGGGGAUGUGGCGGCUAUUUCUGGGCCAACACAAGACGAACAUGGAGAAUCUGCCCCAGCAAUUCACCGCUGUGUAUAUUUUGCACAACUUGCUGAUCGACGUUGGCAUCGAAUCUGGCGAGCGUCUGCUCGUUGACAGGGACUUCGACGACAAUGAGCGCCCCAUCAAUUUGGGUAUGCAUGAACUUGCCGCCCCUGUGUCGCAGGAUGAUGCCACCGAUGACGCCCUUGCAUUGCGCGGUGCGCUUAGCUUUCGAAUGCACUCGGCUAUGGUUUGACGAUGGUGGGCGCUGUCCUUUUGUGGGGCUGAACCGGAUGGGCGGCCGGGGGG